AUGGGGCAGGAACCAGUUCUAAAAUUGUCGGAUUUUUCUAAAGUCUUUGAAGUGGCUUGUGACGCCUCACAUGUAGGAAUUGGGGGCAUUUUAAGUCAAGAAGGUCAUCCCAUUGCUUUUUUCACCGAAAAGCUUAACGAAGUCCGUCGAAGGUAUUCGCAAUUCGUGUUUGUCAUUAAACACAAAGCGGGGACUGAGAAUAAAGUGGUUGACGCCUUAAGCCGAAGACCACAUUUGUUGCAUAUUUCAUCAACUUACUUUACAGGUUUAGGCAGUAUCCAAAUGCAGUACGCCGGAGAUGUGGAUUUUGGUAGCCCUUGGAGCAAUUUAUCCAAUAAAGCAAAUGUAUCUGGUGGUGAAUAUUUGUUGCAAGAGGGUUACUUAUUCUAUGUGAAAAACUGA